GAACAAUUACAAAAAGAGUUAAAAGAAAAAGUUAAAGAAGGAGUAAAACCGAGCCAUCUUAAACGCUCCAAAUCCUUAAAUGAUAUUGCUACUAAUCCCACGGAAACCACAGAAAUCUUUGUGGAUGCUCCCGAGGAGACUAAUGAGGAAUUAAAACAAAAGAUUAACGAGUUAGAGGAGCAAUUAGACCAAGCCAACGAAAGCCGCCUUAAAGCCCUCCAAGAUUUUGAUAAGCAGCAAGAAAGAAUAAAGCAAUUAGAGCAAGAAUUAGAGUCUGCGGCUGAAUAUGGUUCUAAUCAAAUCACUAAUUUAGAAAAAAUUAAUCGCGAUUUAAAAAGAGAAAAGAAUUUGCUAGCCGAACAGUUAAAGUUUGCCAAGCAAGAUUUAGACAGUUAUCAAAGAAUAAAUGAAUUGCGGUUAGGAAAAAAAGAAGUAGCCGAUGACUGA